CCGUCUGUGUCCGGGUCGUUCUCGCCGUUCUCUCCGCAGCCGAUACCGCCCGCGCUCGCUCCCGCCCCCGGCACGACACCCGCUUCUGCGAACGGAGCGGCGGCGGCGUCUACCCGCGGCGAGCGGGGGCCGGCAGCGCCCGGUGGGGCUGGGGAGGACCAGCAGGAACGGGGUCUCAUCUCGUUUCCUCACCGCCGGUCUCGGCAGGCGGCGGCGGCCGGGGGAAGCGAGCCCGGGGGGGCCUCGGCUGCGGGCCCCGGCAGCGGGGCGGCCCCGCCCCGAGGCAGGACGAUGCCGGUGAAGAAGAAGAGGAAGUCCUCGGGGGCGGCGGCGGCGGACGACACCGGCCUCAAGAAAUGUAAACUCGGCAGAUCACAAGCAUCUGGUAAAGUAAUAAGUGGAGAGGAACAUUUUUCAAGCAAAAAGUGCCUGGCUUGGUUUUAUGAAUAUGCAGGUCCUGAUGAAGUUGUAGGCCCUGAAGGAAUGGAAAAAUUCUGUGAAGACAUCGGUGUUGAACCUGAAAAUAUUAUUAUGUUAGUUUUAGCCUGGAAACUAGAGGCUGAAAGCAUGGGAUUUUUUACCAAGGAAGAAUGGUUAAAAGGAAUGACCUCAUUACAGUGUGACUGUACAGAAAAAUUACAGAGUAAAUUUGACUUCUUACGGUCACAGUUGAAUGACAUUUCAUCCUUUAAGAAUAUCUACAGAUACGCCUUUGAUUUUGCAAGGGAAAAAGACCAGCGAAGUCUUGAUAUUGAUACUGCAAAGUCCAUGUUAGCUCUUCUGCUUGGAAGAACUUGGCCACUGUUUUCAGUAUUUUAUCAAUACCUGGAGCAAUCGAAGUAUAGAGUUAUGAACAAGGAUCAGUGGUACAAUGUACUAGAGUUCAGCAGAACUGUCCAUGCAGAUCUUAGCAACUAUGAUGAAGAUGGUGCAUGGCCUGUACUUCUGGAUGAAUUUGUUGAAUGGCAGAAAGUUCGUCAAGCGUCAUAGCAAGAAUUCAAAAGAAAAUGCAAAAGUUUUUUUUUGGUGCCCGCCUGUACACACAAAGUAAUGAGAAAAACAAAGGAUUGCAUUUUCAUUCAUAAGAAAGACUUUACAGUAAUUUUUUUUCCUUUUUUAAGGAGACUUUCUUGUUACAUGUGAUAUGGGCAUUGAACCACACCUCUUCUGAGACUGAAAGUUGGAGUUCUUGUUUUGAGUCUUAUGUUUAUAGCAUUUAUUUCAGAACAAUAAAGAUUCAGAUUUGUGACAAAGGCCUAAAAGUGAAGGAUGUCCCUUGAAUGUGAGUGUGGUGUCUGUUUUUAAAACCAAAUCUAUAAGAUAUCUUUCUCAGAAGUGCCCUUUGCUAUGAAUUUUUGAAGACCUUAAAAUGCUUAAUUGGCGCUGUUGCUUGCUGUUGGUGUGAUUGUCUGUGUGGCAGAUGUUAGAAAGAAUGACUUUUAGAAGCCCUGGGUGGGAGUGUGCUAAUUUAUGUAGUAAGUAUUGGUCAUGGGUUGUGCCACAGUUUUCAGCUCCUCGUGGAGAUAAAGGCCUUAAACUCCUGCUAUUGUUUUUUAUUUCUUUGUUUAUUUCCCACCCAGUGGCAUGGCAUUUAAUGGCAGGCCCUUUCAAAGUAGAAGGGGGUAGAGCAAAUGGCUCUGUGUGCAGAAUGGCUGAAAACUGGUUGCCUGUACUUCAGAUACUGAACACAGAUAACUCUUUGUUGCAGCAAGGCAGAUUCAGAUUUUUACUGCUGUUUAGGCUUUUUGGAUUGCUUUGUACAAGUGCAAUUUAUAUUUUAAAAGGGAAAACUGGGAAGACUUGGUUUCAGGCUUUUCUUCUUACAAGUUUUAGACUGGAGGCACUCAUAACAUGACUUUUUUUCCUCUCUGGGUGGUUUUUAUAAUAUAAAUCAAGAAGCAACCAUUUAAUCACCUACAUAUGACAAAGUAACAGGCUGUAUGUAACAGGAUAUUAAGUAUCACCCUGUUACUCUGUGUUCUGAGUCCCAAAACUACUGUGAUUGCCCUUUUAGGCAUUCAGGAUUCAUGACAACCUUUAAAUAUAGAAGUUUGUCACUCUACCUCCAUGUCCAGGAGACAUAAUGCCACCACUGAGAAGGGAAGGGAUUUUAAUCAGUAAAUGUGAAAAACCAAACCAGAAUGAGAGAAUGAAGCAUUUGCAGCUUCUGCUUUAUUAUAUAAAUGUAUUAUACAGACUGUGAUAAUACUGGAAGACUCAGUCAGUGAUCAAGGCCUGUGUGCCAAAUAUUUUAACAAGUGAAAUAAGAAUAGACAAUGUAAGCUAGGCAUGACUUGAAGAUCUUUGCCUCAGGGAAAUUACUUCUGUUUUGCACAUCCCUUAAUCAGACUAAGAAGCAUGAGUUUUCCUGUCCUUAAGGAAAGCUGUAUUUCCAAGAUGAUUUUUUUUUUUUAAGAAGGAGGGUGGAAAAAAAGGAAAGGUAUGAAGAGAAAUAAGGAGUACCAACCAAAUGUGUGCCUGUGCUCUUUUUCUACUACUGAGGACCACACUUGCAGCUUCUCUAGAGAUGUGCUUGCUGUGGGCUGCAGGACACAGUGCAGUGCUGGGCUGUGGGCUGUUCUGCGAGUCACCUUGAACUGUAGAAGCUUGGUUUCACCCAAGUGAGGAAAGCACCGGAGGAAAAGAUACUUGGAGGAUUUCUGCUUGUACAAUGGCUAGUGUCUGUGCAUGUAAACAGGCGCACUACAGCUGCUCUAAAUAUUUUUCUCCCUAUUUUACAGAAAGUAUCUAAUUUUAGACCUCAUGUAAGCUGCAGCAUUUCCCUUUAAUAUGUUACAAGUUAUCCAUUUGCAUUGCUGAUAAUUCUGAUUUCACUCAUAAGAGAGUGCCUUUGAUUUAGGAAUUGCCCUACCCCACAGGAAGCUUGUGCCAGAAUGAGAUUAAUUUCAACAGUCCUAAGACCUGCUGGUACUGUAAGGUCCUAAGAUGCACAGAUAAACAUGCACCAUGUAACUGAUGUCAAGGGAUGUACUGCUGUAUACUAAAUCUCUUCAGGGAUGCUGAUUUUGAAAUGACUUUCAAGUUCACUGCAAUGACUCCUUGCAUACUGUGUUUAGUCCCCACUAGGGUGUUCUCUUUCCAAAACUUUUGAAAUACUGGUCAGAAGAAUCUUUUAUAGUUUGAUUUUAAAAAAUCAUUGCUUUUAGGUAACUGCAAGCUGUUGUGAGUUCAAUUUAAACCAUUUGGUCCUAGAGGAUGAUAUUAGAGUGUAAAAGUAGGAGUGAUGCACCUACCAAUCUGAGUCAAGUACUUGCCAUUAAGGUGUAAGACACUAUGUGAUGUAUCAUUUGUAUCUGUUAAGGUUUUAUCAGCAUUCCUAUAAUAAAUCCAUGUUUCAGGGAUUUACAAUGUGGUUGUGUGAGUGAUUGAAAAUCAUUAGUUACUCUAAAACUUUGGGGAUUAAUGUAUUUGAACUAGUUGAAAUAGUUUUUCAAGUUUGAAUAAAAUAGAAUUUUAAGUCCUGUUUUUUUGCUUGAAACAGCGGUCAGGUGUAUUGUUUCAGUGAAAAUUAAUGGCUUGUACAGUUUCAUUGUGAACCAAUCAUGUUUAUUAGCUGUGUUUUAUUACAUCACCUUACAGCUUAUUGUGGAUAAGUGCCAAUAGCUGUUAACUUGGUUUUGUUUUGUUAAUUUUGUGCAUGCCCACAAGCCAAAACUUGACUUCUGCUUUCUUUAGUCUUUGAACUUUAAUUUUUGUUUUGUUCAGUUGUAUUUCAGUCUAUAGAAAUUUUUUUUAAAUGUUAUGCCUUAUCUUUCAGUGUUCUAAGAUGAAAGUUCACAGGUGAAAUAUGCUGCCACAGUAUGACAAAUUGAAGGUGAAAUGUCUUCCAAAAUUAAAUCAUAGUGGUGUCUAUAUUAAUGCUAUAAAUUUCACAUUAAUCUCACUUUCACUUCUUGACAUUAGUUCUUCCUAGCAUAAUUAAUCACUUCUAGUUUUCUUAGGCAACUAACAGUUUUCAGUUUAAAGUCUGAAAACACCCACCUAUUCAUGGGAAAAGCCAUACUGGUAGAUCAGAAUGUAGUAUUUCUCCUGUGUAAAAAUGUGAUCUUGAAUUGAACAGUUGUGUCUGUUUACCUAUGUCUUUAACUGUAUAUGUAGUUUUGAUCCAAUUUCUCUUUACUGUUUAUAUUAGCUUCUUAAGUUCUUUACUAAUGGCUAUAAUUUCACUUUUCUGUGUAACAGACUUUGAAUUUGGCUUUUGAGAUGACCAUGGACAUCAGCUUGGUACCUGUUUUGGGUAGCCUGGAUGAGGGCUCUGUGGUCUCUGUGGCUUUUGUUCAGGGUUGUUUUUUUUUAUCUGGCAAAAGCUUUGUGCUGAUACAUUGAUAGUGACUGCACAGAAAUUGCAAAAGGGACCAUAAGUUCAAUGUUUCUGAUAUUUUCAUAUUUUGAGCUAGUAAACAGUUCCUUCAAAGCAAAAUGUAGAAACUUGUACAGGUUUAGCUUUAUUAAGUGUGAUAAAUAAAAUGGUAUGUAAUAGGGCAGAAAA